UCUCAAAGCGUACCUGCAGCCACCACCGCCACCUCCUCCUCCUCAGCCCUUGGCACCAACAAGCCACACACCCUCGCCAGAAGCAUGUCACGCAAGGAGCAAGUCAAAGCGGCAGCAGAAGAGUCAAAAAAAUAUGUGAAGAAGGAGACGCGAGAGUUCUUUGGACUGGACGAGGCCUGUGAGGAGGGCCAGCGACUGCGAUGGCAGGAAAAGCGCAAGCGCCUGGCAAGUCGCAAGUAUGGCCAGCUCAAGGACCACAGCAACACUACCCACCACACACUGUCUUUCACCAGUGACUUCCACGCCUUACCAGAGCUUCAGGAGGGAGCAGCCAGUGGCUUAUCAGACUCCAUAGAUGGAGCGACCUGGCCCCAGCCUCCCCACCGCGGGAAGGACUCCGUCGCCAAGAUGACCUGGGAUGGCCUCUCCUUCGUUGCAGCUACACUAGCGAAACGAAGAGCGAAGAGUCAGAUCUCGGGGACAGCGGGUGGAAGGUCCAAGAGCCGCAGUUAUGCUCCAUCAUCCAUGUCGGUUCCAGACGAUGUGUUUGACGAGCCUUGCGACCCACUCCUCCCGUGGAUCACUAUACGAUGGAGUCGCUGUCAGAUGAGGUGUUUUUCGACAGCAAAGUAGCAGGGAGUGCAGAAGCAGUUACUGGAGCCACAAGCUAUGACAGUAGUAAAGAAGUGGGAGGGGCAAGGUACCACCCGAGUGUUCAAGAGUGGCAGCGGCCUCCUGUUCAAGUUUCUGACUCAGUCGAUGCUAGCGGACGAUCGAGUGCUCAUAUUGGUCGCUCUCGCAUAUGGAAUCGAAUUUUGGAUCAGCUGUUUGAUAACUCAGACAGGAGAGAGUAUGGAAGAGGCAUUGCUGGCCAAAUAUUCAGGAGGACUUUCAAGGAAAGCGUCAGGAAAGAAAAAGAUAUCAAAAGGCAGCUGGACGAGAUGAGUGACUACCGGCCAUACUUUACUUGGUGGGUCACAACAGUCCAGACUUUCAUCCUCCUCCUCUCCAUCACAUGCUAUGGCCUGGCACCACGUGGCUUCUCACGGCAGCAGCAGUCAGGGCAGGUCCUGAUGGCAAGUUUAUCAAUCCAGACUGUUGGCUAUUGGGAGCAAUCUAAUUUCUGGAUUGGCCCAAGACCGAGGAGCAAAGUUCGCUCCAUGUAUGAGAAAGGAUGAAAAGAUAUUCCGACACAUAGAAGAACAACGGCGAGCAGAGAGAGAAACAGGAUGUUGCAUUAGGAAUGACCAAUCAGGUUGCGUACAGUCGUCACGGAGAGAAUGUUCGCCUCUUGGUCAAGGAGAUACGGAAUCGAAUCGCUUGUCUGUGUGGAAGAAGUGGAGUGAGUUGGCCAAGGGGCCAGAUGGUCGCCUCUCAGGCUCUGUUUGUGGCCAGGAUCCCAACUACUGCAAGGAGCCAGCAUCAGUUCCCCCGCAUGAAUGGCCGGAUGACAUAACGCGCUGGCCCAUCUGCCGGAAAAGAAUUGCAGGCCUCAAGAAGAUCCAUGCGGCGGAACACAUGGCAUGCGAGGUCAUUGGCCACCCUUGCUGCAUUGGCAUCCACGGGGAGUGCCGCAUGACCACACGCGAGUACUGUAAUUUUGUGCGCGGCUACUUCCAUGAAGAGGCUACGCUUUGCUCUCAGGUCUCCUGCUUGAACAACGUGUGCGGUAUGAUACCGUUCCACAACCCAGAUGUUCCAGACCAGUUUUAUAGAUUGUGGACAUCUUUAUUUAUUCAUGCAGGAGUUCUCCACCUGCUUAUCACAGUAGUGUUACAAUACUACCUGAUGAGAGACAUGGAGAAGCUGGCAGGACCGGUGCGCAUUGGGGUCAUCUACGUGGUGUCAGGCAUCGCGGGCAACCUAGCGUCAGCCAUCUUUGUCCCCUACCGGGCAGAAGUGGGUCCUUCAGGCUCCCAGUUUGGGCUGCUGGCAUGUGUGUUUGUGGAAUUCAUCAACUCAUGGCAGAUGAUGAGAAAUCCUUGGAGGGUUUUAGGCAAACUGGUGGUCAUGACAUUGACGCUCUUCUUGGUGGGGCUCUUACCGUGGGUAGAUAAUUAUGCUCACAUAUUUGGCUUCAUCUUCGGGUUCCUGCUCUCUUACGCACUGCUGCCGUUUGUGUCAUUCGGUCCGUACGACAAGCGGCGGAAGGUGCUGCUCAUCUGGGUGUGUCUGGUGGCCGUGGUGGUGAUGCUCACAGCACUAAUAAUACUCUUCUAUGUCACGCCCAUAUACGAGUGCAAGGUAUGCGAGUACCUUAAUUGCAUCCCUCUAACACGGGACUUCUGUGCAGAGCAGAACAUCCAUUUCGACCAAAAGAUGGAUAUGAUAUGAGAGGCUGAUGCUCCUGUCACAGGAUGUUCCUGUCGACAGAAUCAGCUGUCAGUCAACGGUCACCGACGUGCCAACAUUUCUAGUAAUAUAACCAGUGUAAUUAUUACCGUAUGUUAUACAAGUGAUCACCGCUGUUAUGGUCAUUUUCUAGUUUCAUACUCGGGGAAAUAUGGGAUUUACCAGCGCCUAUUUUGGCCCAUGUGUUUUAAGGGCCAAAUUAGAAUUGGUCAGAUAUACAAAUUAGCAUUGACUAGCAAUGGACAAGAUUUUUAUACAUAUUUUCCCUUGUGAAUGUAACAAACCCGUAAUUUGUCUUUUAAUGCAUAUAUGCCUUAUCUGGUAAGGUUGAUUCCACAUGAGUGUAUUCAGUAUCACCUGUUAAUAACUUGUUAAAGAAAAAUAAACAUGAAUUAGCAUUA